AAAUAUAUAACGGCACUAUUUAAUAGAAUUAGCCUCUCUAAGGGUCACGCAGCUGACGGUGGGGUAGACCACGAAAGCUUCUUCCGGAAGCAGAGUUACUCACGCCUCGUUCGCGAAGACAUCGACCACGUUUGCAUUCCGUCAAAAGUUACGGGCCUGCCUUAUUAAUCUAUUUUUUAUCUCUGUACAUCUACAAUACCCCCGAGGUUGAAAAACACAGAUUGACAUAAAUUGUUACAAUAACUGCACUACUUCUACUAUGGAGAUAGAUCUGGAUUGAACAUCAUGCGCAUUCUAAAGAAAGCCCGCUUCCGCUAUCGUUUCUCGAGAUGCAGCUUUUCGAGACUCAGAGACCCCGUGUGUACGUUGACACACUCGAAGUUGUUGACGAGGACGGGC